AUGACACCCCUGACGCUGGCUCGGCGGUGCGGCACUGAUGACGAGAUUGUCGGCAGGUUGAAGUACGGCGUUGAAAGAGAACCCAUGUCUGCGUUUGCAAAGGGCGAUGAUGUGCCGGUCGGGCGAUACAGCAUAUCUUCUAUGACCUGUGGCAUCUGUUUAGGUCUCACUGAAAUCCGGGCUCGUCUAGCCAAUCUUCGGACCAGACGCAUCUAUACGUGCACCACCUAUCCCGACUACAAUAUCUGCAAGAAUUGUUUUGCUACUGUUGUCGCCUUGCACGGCGCCAAAACCAAGCACGAUGGCUAG